AUGUCGAUCGCCACUUCCCCGGCGUCCGCCACUGGCACAUCUGGCCCGCCUCAGGUGCGGACUGAGCAAGAGCAGACAGCUACAUUCACAGAGCCCGAUAUGGAGAAACUGGGUAGAGAGAGACCACAGAUAUUUGCUAGUCUUAUCUCGGAGAUAUGUUUCAUUUUCUCGAUCGUUAUGAGUCAAAUCCUGGCUGAGUUCUUCAUCACCGGAUCGAAUGUCUUGACCCCUAUUCUCGUAAGAGACUUGAAUAUUCCAACAGCAUCGACAAUUUGGCCCACCACGGCUCUCUCGCUCGUCAUUUGUGCUACUCUUUUGAUAUGGGGCCGUUUAACCGACAUGUACGGAGGUUAUCUAGUUUUCAACGCCGGGGCCAUCUGGCUCUGCAUUUCCUCAAUCAUUGCCGGUUUCUCACAGUCAUGGCUGAUGUUGAUCUUCUUCCGCGCCUGCCAAGGAUUGGCACUAGGCGCUCUGCUGCCCUCCGGCAUGAUGAUUCUCGGUAGCACAUACAGACCGGGUCCUCGAAAAAAUCUCGUCUUUGCUCUAUAUGGCGCCUGCGCUGCUCUGGGUUUCUUUGUCGGAUUUUUUGUUUCUGGUCUUGCUGGUCAGUACCUCAGCUGGAGAUGGUAUUUCUUUAUUGGAGCUAUUCUUUCCGCAAUUAUGGGUGUCGCCGCUAUCUUCUCGAUUCCUAAGGAUUAUGCUGAAAAGAGGGAGCUCGGGAUUCGAAUGGACUGGGCCGGUCUUGUUUUAUCCAUAGUCGGGUCGACAUUUCUGGUUUUCUCAAUUGCAGAGAGCUCAUAUGCGCCCAAUGGAUGGCGAACACCAUAUAUUCCAGUGUUCUUCUGCUUGGGGGUCAUCACUUUGGCGGUGUUCGCUUAUGUUGAAGGCUGGGUAGUGCACAACCCAUUGCUGCCCGGAGAUGUGUUCCGCGUGAAACAUCUGAAAGCGCUUCUUUUCUCUCUGCUUUGUCUUUACGGCAGCUUGGGAAUCUUCCUUCUUUAUGGUGUUUUAUACAUGUCCGAAUUCAUGGGUGCAAGCCCAUUGCAGAUCGUCGCCUGGACCGUGCCAAUGGCAGUCGGUGGUCUGUUUCUUUCAGUGACAGGCGGCUUUAUUCUUCACAAAGUAUCUGGGACAAUUUUGAUGAUAAUUUCAUGUCUCGGAUACGUGGGAUCAGGCCUGUUGUUCGCAGUCGUGCCUGCCGGUGGCAACUACUGGGCCUACGUAUUUCCUGCCAUGAUCUGUGGUACGAUCGCCAUCGAUAUUUCGUUCAAUAUUGCAAAUAUCUUUAUCACGACGACAAUGCCCAAGUCGCGACAGGGCAUUGCGGGGGCACUCCCUUACUGUACAAUGCACAUGGGAAUCGCGGUUAUGCUUGGCUUCUCUGACAUUGUGGAAACCCAAACCAAACACUUUGGAGAGCGUGAGAGCUACAAGGCGGUUUUCUGGUUCCAGACAGGACUAGCUAUCCUUGGGCUACUUAUUGCAGUCUUCUUUGUCAGGAUCAAAAACGCAGAGAGCGAAUUGACUGCUGAUGAAAAGCAACAACAGAACGGAGAACAAUGCGAGACGGUGAAUAAGGGGGAAGUUUAG